AACUCAGUGUUACGAAGCUACUGGAGAUGCUGCCGUCUCACACAGCGCACAUGACUCAUCUCCUCAUUACUGGAAUCCAGUUCUUCUUGUUCCCAAUGAAAUCCACAUGUUAUCAUAUGCAGGGGGAGACCAAAACCUUCAUUCAGUCUGCUGCCUGCCUGAAACUAUGAGCUUAAACGUCCCAGGACUGGUGGUGAUGGUGUUCUUUUACCUGCUGGUGCUGGGCACCGGGAUCUGGGCUUCCAUGAAGUCAAAACGUUUGCAAGACAGCAGUCAGGGUGACCUGACAGAGAUCACUCUGCUGGGCAACAGAGGGAUCAGCCUGGUGGUGGGAGUCUUCACCAUGACAGCUACUUUUGUUGGCGGGGGCUUCGUUGUUGGUCUGUCAGAAGCAGUGUAUACUCCAGCCAUGGGACUGACCUGGGCUGUCAUGCCAGCAACAGCAGCCCUGUCUUUCAUUGUUGGAGGACUGUUCUUUGCCAAGACAAUGAGAGACAAAAAGUAUGUCACAAUGAUGGACCCGUUCCAGAUCAAGUAUGGUCAUUCAAUCAGUGGAGUGCUGUCUGUGGCGCUGCUGAUUUCUGACAUACUUUGGGUUACAGGGACUCUCAUCGGCCUGGGUUCAACGAUGAGUGUAAUCCUGGAUUUGUCCUACACUCUUUGCAUUUGGAUCUCUGCUGCAGUGGCCAUCGUCUACACACUGCUAGGGGGCCUGUACUCGGUAGCCUACACAGACAUCAUACAGCUGAGCCUCAUAUUCUGUAGUUUGUGGUUGUGUGUCCCCUUCAUCCUGAUGAACCCCCAUUCAGCAGACAUAACUGAGACUGCUUUUAACUUUACCUACCAAGCCCCCUGGGUCGGGUCAGUGGAUGGAGAGAGAGCAUGGAGGUGGAUUGAUAACUUUUUACUAUUGGCUUUGGGUAACCUUGGAUAUCAGGACUUUCACCAGAGGACCCUGUCAGCCUCUUCAUCAGACACAGCCAGAAUCAUAUGCUUUGUUGCAGCACCUCUCAUCUUUAUACUUGGAAUCCCAUCUGUGUUGAUUGGAGCAGUCGCAGCAUCAACAGACUGGAACAUGACAGCGUACGGCUCCCCGUCUCCAUUUGAGCACGGAGAGGCUGCUCAGAUUCUGCCCAUUGCUCUGCAGAACCUCAGCCCACCCUAUAUCUCCAUCAUUGGUAUCGGAGCCAUAGCUGCUGCAGUGAUGUCAUCUACUGACUCGGCUUUAUUGUCAGCCUCUUCUAUCUUCACAUCCAACAUCUACAAGAACAUCCUGCGGACCAAGGCAUCAGACAGGGAGCUCCAGUGGGUGAUCCGCAUCUCUGUGGUGUUGGUGGGCUUGGCUGGCACAUCUCUCACCUUCCUACAGAACAGCAUCAUGGUUUUAUGGAUCCUGGGCUCAGACAUAACCUACACCAUCAUGUUCCCUCAACUCGUGUGCGUCCUCUUCUUCAAGAUCUCUAAUGGAUAUGGCUCUAUAAUGGGUUUGCUUCUUGGGUUGUUGUUGAGAUUGCUGAGUGGCGAGCCAUCCAUAGGGUUGCCUGUAGUUCUUCAUUUCCCAGGUUGCACUCUGGAGGACAACAAAUAUGUCCAGCGUGCUCCUGUUAGGACAAUUUGCAUGCUGUUUACAAUCUCUUCUACUUUACUGUUUUCUUACCUGGCCUCCGUUCUCUUCAACAAAGGACUGAUUUCCGAGAGGUGGGAUAUAUUCAAAGCGAAAACACACAAACCAGUACAGAAGCUAACUUUAAUGAGCGAUGACAGCACAAAAACUGAUGUGGAGGAACAACUUGAAGGUCAGAAUGAAGCCGAGUUGACAUUAAUGGACGGAAAUCAGCAGAACUAAAAGAGAAAUGCUUGAUGGGGUGCUAAUAUUAUUUGUAUUGAACCAUAUUAUCAUGUCUACUGUUUCAUACUAGGUUGUUUACCAAGUUGAUAUUUAGUCCAUGGUAUGAUACAAAUAUUCAUCAGUGGUGUGCAUGUUAGAGUUAAUAGUGAAGUUGCACUAAUGCACUUGUUCUUUAUAUAAGUAUUUCAAUAAUCCAAAGUACCUCCUUUGUCUACAUUUGAGAGCUGUUUUUAAACAUGAAUCAGUUUUUUUAGAAAAUUAAAUUGCAAGUUAUUAGAAGGUUUUGAUCAUUUCUUACAAUAAACAACAAACUUUACUGCUUGUAGUCUUUCAAAAUUACAGGAUUUUCACUUUUACAUUGCAGUUUUAUUGCACAGUGUUGCUAUUUACAUAUAUUUGUCCAACAAUCAAAAAACAAGAUAUUGGAAGGUGUUGCAGCUCCCUCCAUUGGUUCUCCGUUUGUUUUUUUGCACUUUGAAUCAUUUAUUUAUGCUCUAAGUUCCUGGUCAAUGCCUUAUUCUUGCCAGACCAUGUUAUUCCUACUGUUCCUCCUCCCUCUCUAUUUUUCCCAGAAUAAACAGAUGUGUUGUUACCUGA